AAUGCGAACGGGCCAAGAGCCCAAUGAUUAUCGUGUUCCACUGUCUCUACAAAUCGAAAGGUGAUCUUACAGAGUGUAAAGAAGGGAAAAUUUCAGCUUCACUGUGGAAUAUUUCUCUCUCAUCUUAUUCUUUGGAAAUCCAAUGGAAAGUCUUCACAGAGCGCAAUCUAGGAAAGACAAACCCAGAGGACGUCCUCAUGGGUUAAGUCAACAGAAGAGGCAAGAAAUUAGGGAAGCUUUUGAGCUAUUUGAUACUGAUGGCUCAGGCACUAUUGACGCCAAGGAGUUGAAUGUUGCCAUGAGGGCACUUGGUUACGAAAUGACAGAAGAGCAAAUCAAUCUAAUGAUUGCAGAUGUGGACAAGGAUGGCAGUGGUGCAAUUGAUUAUGAUGAAUUUGAGCAUAUGAUGACAGCCCAAAUUGGAGAAAGAGACACUAAGGAGGAGCUCAUGAAAGCAUUCCGCAUUAUUGAUCAAGAUAACAAUGGAAAGAUAUCUGUUGAUGAUAUUAAGCGAAUAGCAAAGGAGCUGGGUGAGAACUUCACUGACAGAGAUAUUCGUGAGAUGAUUGACGAAGCCGACCGAGAUCAUGAUGGAGAAGUGGGUAUGGAUGAAUUCUUCAGGACGAUGAAGAGGACAACAUAUAGGUACUAGGGUGAAAUUCUGCAUGGUGUUAAUAGCCCAUCCUACGUGGAAUAGUUUGGUUCAGGGCGUUCAGGCCAUGCUGAAGCUGCAAUAUGUUUGUAGAAAUGAAGUUUUUUUGGUUUUUGGUCUUUUCCCCUUUUCUUUUUGAAGAAUGAUUUGUGGAGCAAGCAGUUUUGUUUGCUUUACAUGUAUUAAUGAUGCUAUGUUAACGAAUCUUAGUUGUCUUUUUUUA